AGCACGCCGGUGACGGGCACGCCGCAGGGCGGGAUGUUCUCGCCCACGUUGAGCGUCGAGGAUGACGGCUUCAAGCAACAAAUGGAACACCAAACCAUUCAGAGGGACUCCCCAAUCCUGGAGUCGAUGCCGUCGGGCGGCGGCGGGCCGAGCGGCGCGGUGGCGCGGCUGCGGCAGGCGGUGGACCGCGCCGUCUUGUUCUGCGGCGCGCAGCACGGCGCGCUCGACAAGUUCGCGCUCAUGGUGUUCCCCAUGUGCUUCUGUCUGUUCACCGUCAUAUACUGGACCACAUACCUCAGUGAGGCGCACCGCGCCUCGCGGCUCAAGUGACCAUACAAGUGACAAGUUCUCGCACGGUUACAUCACCAAUUGUGAUUACAGUGCCUAUGCAGACGUUGUGACGUUGUUGUACAUAUUAGACGAAUUACUAGUCAAAUUACAAAUAUAUACGUGUGACCCUCUAUUUGUAAGUCAAAGCCUUUAAAUACUUAAUGAACAAUGUUGAACAU